AUGAAUGAAUAUGAAAAGUCAAAACUAAAGCUUACAUGGGUAAAAGCUUUAAGAACUUACAGUAGCAGCGAUGAACUUAGUGACAUUGAGGAUGGCGAUAUAGAAAUAAGUGUUUUAGGAGAUAAAGAAGUGAAUAGCGUAAUUACAAGACUGUUGCAAGCAGUUCUGAAAGUAACUAAUAAUCAGCCACUUGUAUACAUUGAAAAUUCAGAAAGAACAAGAAGAGUAGAUAUAUAUAUGAGUGAUGGUGUGGAUAUAAAUGAUGAACCGAUUGGUUCAGAUAGUAACUCUGAAAAUGAUUUUGAGGUUGAGGCUAUAAGAGACUAUAAUAUAAUGUCUUCUGAAAUCUUGAACAGUACAAUUGAACAAUUGAAAGAAGAAAUCAAAAGCGAUAAAUAUAUUGAAGCAAGUAUUAUUGUAGCGGAAGCAGCUGGAAAAGGUGCUUAUCAUGCUGAUAUUAAAUUCUUUCUUCGAUCAAACAAGUGGUGUGUUAAUACAAAUGAAUUGGUAAAACAUGUAAAUAAGAAAAUACUUCCAGGCCUUUGUUUUGAUCCAUCACCAACGAUAUGU